AUUUAGCCGGAUCAUCCCAAGCUUGAGCUAUCUCUUCUACACACUUUGUAUACAUCAGACUAACACUUCAUAUCAACUUUCGUACCAUCAUCACUUACCUAUUCAUUUCAAUACGCCACCAUAUAAUUCAUCUGAAUGGAGAGCACCGACGUCCUCAUCAUCGGCGGAGGUCCCACAGGGGUAGUAUUAGCUCUAGAACUAGCAGCCCAGAAGAUCCCCUUCCGCCUCAUAGACAAGGCAUCAAGCCGUUCAGACAAGAGCCGUGCUCUAGUCGUGCAGCCACGCACACUCGAGUUACUUAACCGCCACGGCAUCGCUCGCGACCUCCAAGAACGGGGGUUCACCACGUCCCGCGGUAGAUAUUGCGUCAACGGAAAAGAAGCGGCCAGGAUCGAAGUUGGGGAGGAUGCGGCGUUACCUAAUACGGCCUUCCCGUUCCAGAAACUGAUCUCGCAGGAAGACACGGAAUACUUCCUAGACGAGUGCCUCGAGAAGAAGUACGGGCGAAAGGUAGAGAGGGGGCUGGAAGCUCAGACUAUCGUUCAGGAUGCCGAUGGUGCGACAGCCACAUUUAGCAAUGUCGGGGAUAGUACAGGAGAGACGACGACGAUAAGGGCCAAGUACGUCGUUGGCUGCGAUGGAAGUAAGAGUGUUGUGCGCCAGGCCGCCGGUCUCACAUUCGAUGGAGAAUCCUACGAGCAGCACUUCAUACUCACAGACACUCAUGUAGAGUGGGAGACUCCCAAUAAAGAUGCGAUCAUGUGUUUCGGCCAAGGAGUGCUAGCUGUACUGCCGCUGAAGAAUGGGAUGGUCCGUGUCUUCGCAUCGGGGGCUAAUGUUACGGAGAGAGAAGGCGGCCCAUUACUUGAAGAUUUCCAGGAGUUCUUCGAUAAGAUGGUCCCGGUAAAAGGGAAGCUGCACGAUCCGACCUGGCUCACACGAUUCUAUCUACAUCACCGGGGCGUGAACAAGUAUAGCAACGGUAGGCUUUUCGUCGCCGGUGACGCCGCCCAUAUCCACAGUCCGGUGGGUGGUCAGGGUAUGAACACCGGAAUCCAAGAUGCUGUCAAUCUGGGUUGGAAACUUGCGGCCGUCAUUCGAAAAGAGCGACCAGCGUCUUUCAUUGAUAGCUACCACGGCGAGCGGUUUCCCGUCGGGCAGAACCUCCUCAGGGGCACGGAUCGAGUAUUCACGUUUAUGAGUUCGACCAACCCGAUAUUUAUAUUCAUUCGCAAUCUCCUUUUACCCUGGCUUCUGCCGUUGCAAUUUGGUAAUAAGAGCCGUGUUCGGGAGAUGUUUAGGGUUAUGGCUGAGUUCGAUAUCACAUACCGGGAUUCCGGUUUCGUGGGAACAGCUCUAGGUCUCAAGGGAAGCAAUGUUCGUGGAGGAGACAGGAUGCUCGAUGGCAAAAUUGAGGGACCGGAGGGUGAGAAGUACUUACUCGACUUGGCUGACCCUACAUCCUACCAUCUUAUGCUGUUCUCCGGUGUUGGCGCCGAAGCAGCCUCGGAGGGCGAUUUACAGCGGGCCGAAACCAAAUUCGUUGAAGAGAGUCCUGUUGCCGCCAAGGUACAUUUGAUAUUUGGCGAAAAGCCGAAUGGUCAGUCGGGAUAUGUUGAUAAAGACGCCGCAUUACAUAAGGAUCUGGGCUUCAGUCAACCGACUUACGUCCUACUUCGACCAGACUCUUACAUCGGCCAUGUCGGCCCUCUAUCAGCAUUAGAUGAUCUCAUCAAUUGGCUGAAAUAAUCCCCAAACCGGAAAGGGUUGACCACGGAUGUAAACGUGUAUAUAGUACUAACCUCUCAUCUCUAGCAGUUUCUUCACCACAUAGAUAUACCCAUAUAAUUCAUAGAGAUUUUUUUUCCCCAGGCGCAGAGCUAGGCUACCUUCAAAAUCUACAUUCUCCU